AUUACAGAACGAGGUUUAACUAAAAACUUUGGUUUAAACCUAUACAAAGUACGGUUUAUAUAAAAAUGGUAUUACAAAAAGUGGUUUAACGAUAAACCAUGGACUAUUUGAUGGUCUAAUGCUAAACCUCGGCGCCCCUGGUUUGAUGAUGGUCUAAAUCGUAAAUGUCAAAUCAAAUUUCAAAUCAUUUGUCAGAUUGUGUCAGAUUAUCUCUUAAAUUAGCGUCUGUUUCGUUGUCUUGUGUUAUUUUUUACACGAAAAUGGAUAUUAACAUGGUAGAUUCAGUCGAUAUUGAGGAUAUUGAAGCCGUUGAGCUACUGGAAACGCCACGCCGACCUAAUAGAAAUCGUGUUCGAGUCAAUCCCUUCAUUGAUUUAUCUGAUGAAGAUUUCAGGCAAAAGUAUAGAUUUACUAAAUCUUUUGCAAUGAAAAUAGUAGAUUUAUUAAAGGACCCAUUAACUCGAGACACCCGUGGAUGCCCGGUGUCUCCCGAAAUCCAAGUGGUUUGCGCAUUGCGAAGCUGGGCUCGACAUGAGAUCCAAGAUGAUACAGCCGAUUUGCAUGGAGUCUCACAGCCCUUUAUAAGUAAAAUAUGCAAAAAAAUAGCAGGAGCCAUAGCCGGAAUAUCGCAUAGAUUUAUAAAAAUGCCUGCUACAUUGGCAGAACAAGAGGAAGCAAUGCGAAAAUUCCAUAGAAUUGCAAAUUUUCCUUCAGUAAUUGGUGCAAUUGACUGUACUCACAUAAGGGUAAAAAAAUUAUGUGAAGAUGGUCAGAUUGUAGUCUGCGAUGCAAAUUUAAAAAUAAUAGAUAUUGUUGCCAGGUGGCAUAGCAGUGUCCAUGACUCUCGAAUUUUUAGAGAAAGUCGACUAAAGCAGAGAUUUGAGGCUGGUGCCUUCUCAGGCAUUUUGCUUGGAGACAGUGGGUAUGCAUGUACACCGUAUUUGUGUACUCCCUUACUGAAUACCUCAACACCCCAAGAAGAACGGUACAAUAGUGCUCACAUUAACACCAGAAAUGCAGUGGAGAGAUGUUUUGCGUUGUGGAAGCAGAGGUUCCGUUGUUUAUUAAGAGGCCUUUACUGUGACAUUGAAACUGCAAGAAAAACUAUGGUAGCAUGUGCUGUAUUGCACAAUAUCGCAAUUGAUAUGAAGGAAGAUGUGUUUUCUAGUGGGCUCGAAGACGAAGUUAACAGGCAAUCUCACGCAGUUGUUUUGGCCACAGAAAACAAUGUUCGCGGAAAUAUUAGAAGAAGGCAAUUUAUUGAAAGACACUUUUAAUUAAAAUAAUAUAUUUUUGUAAUAAGCUUGAAAUUAUAUUUUUAUACCUGAAAAAGAAAAUGAUAUUAGACAUAACUAAUAUGUGUAUUACUGUGACACUUAUAUAAUCAUAGCAUUGAAAACUUAUAUAAUAGUGGUAUAUUAUUAUUCAUAUGUUACAUUUACCAUUUAAUAUUACUCUGUACUAGAUUUCUUCGUAUUUUCUAAUAAUUCUAUUUCUAGC